AAAGGUAUUUAUAUCAGAUGUUCAAAAACCCUAAAUCGCGUUUCGUCUCCCAAAUCUGCCGCCGCCAUCGUUGAUCCUGUAAUGGAUUCUAGUUACUCUGAUUCUCGUCCCAUGUUCGUGCAAUCGCCUUAUGGUGGUUGGAAUCAAACUCAGAUGAUUGAUUCGAUGGUUAAUCCGAUGAACAACGAACAAGUCGACUUGCACUCACAAUCUGAAUCACAGUCACAGUCACAGUCACAAUCUCAGCCUCCUCAGCAGUUACAGCCUUCAUUGAAAAGGCCAAGACUUGUCGACGAUAACUUGUUUAAUCCGGCUUCGUCGUUUCCUCCAACGAGUAACAACAACAACCCUUCGAUGGUUCCAUCGUUAAACCCUCCUCCUGUCAACAAAGGGACGGCUAAUAUUUUCUACAAGACGAGAAUGUGUGCGAAAUUCAAGGCAGGGACUUGUAGGAAUGGAGAGCUUUGCAAUUUUGCUCAUGGAAUCGAGGAUCUGAGGCAGCCUCCAUCGAAUUGGCAGGAGAUUGUUGGACCUCCUGUUCAAGACAGGGAGAGAGAGAGGGAAAGGGAGAGGGAAAGGGAAAGGGAGAGACCGUCUUCUGUCUCUGUUGGGAAUAAUUGGGAAGAUGAUCAGAAGAUAAUCCUGAGGAUGAAGCUUUGCAGGAAGUUUUGUUUCGGUGAGGAGUGUCCUUAUGGGGAGAGGUGCAAUUUCAUUCAUGAGGAUCUUUCAAAGUUUCGUGAGGAGUCUGGAAAACCGAGGGAGAGCUCGGUGAUAAGCGUUGGUACUAGUGUUGCUGAUUCACCAUGUGUUGAGAAUGGUACUACUGCUUAUAACCAAAUCGAUGUAAAUAGACAAGGAGGCAUCCCUGUACCUGCACCUAUUAACAGUAAUGGUGGUGUCAAGUUCUGGAAGACGAGGUUGUGUAUGAAGUUUGAGAUUGGUCAAUGUCCUUUUGGCGAUAACUGCAGCUUUGCUCAUGGCCAAGCAGAGUUGCAUAAUUCUCUUGGAAGGGUUGAUGGAGAAGCUGUGAACGCAGUAGCGUCUGUGAUUAAACAAACGGUGGCACCUGCAAAUGAAGCAUUUGCAAUGAAACCAACUGCACAAGUAACAGCAGAUUCUUCUGGCCUUAACGAUGAAGGGCGUCGAAAGAAGUGUUUGCUCAAGUGGAGCGACUCCAAGAAGAUUAAUCGAAUCUAUGGAGACUGGAUCGAUGAUUUACCGGUGGGUCAAAAGUCGACCAAACCAGUACAGAGCUGAGUUUCUAGUCUGGUUCCAUUUUGUCUUGUCUUUGAUGAUCAAAGUUGAUAAAGCUUUGGUCGAAAAUUUUGAACAGUAGAAUUAUCUUUUAUCUGGCUUCAUAAUUAAUUCUUUGAUUCGCUAUGUUCUGGCUAAAGAACAUACAUAUAGCUUGUUUUAAUCUUUGAUUAGAUAAUUGGCUUGGAUCACUAUAUAGCUUCAUCUAUAAUCAAUUUUUCGAAUAA